GAUCUGUUUUUCACCUCUGUUCGAUAUUAGGUUAUUAGAGUUAUGCUUGAACAGAUGACAAACAGAAAAUGAAAGUUUUUGUCUUUCUUCGAUUGGGAUUGGGUGAAUUUUUUGGGACAUUUUGCUCUGUUUUGACUGGAUUAAGGAAAUGUGAUUCAAAGGAGCUGAGGAUUGUGUUGCUGGGAGUUUCUGGAGCUGGAAAGAGUUCAACGGGAAAUGCAAUACUGGGCCGAGAGGCGUUUAAAGAGAACAGAACCAGAGAGAGUGAGAAACAGAGAGGAAGAGUAGAAGACAGAAACAUCUCCAUCAUCGACACGCCAGGAUUCUUCAACACUGACCUGACUGAUGAUGAGAUGAAGAAUGAACUGAUGAAGAGUAUGUACCUCUGUUAUCCUGGUCCUCACUUGUUCCUGCUCGUCAUCAACCUGGAGAACUUCAGAGAGGAGCAGAGGAACAUUGUGGAGCAAAUUCAGGAGACCUUUGCAGAAGAAGCUCUGAGGUUCACAGUAGUGCUGUUUGUUGGACGAGAAAAAAUUCCAAACAGAAAAUGGAAACUCCUUAGGGAUAGCAGGAAGUUUCAGGAUCUAGUCAAUCACUGCAGAGGACAGUAUCAUGUAAUCAACAGUAAAAGUGACAUUAUUCCAACCCACAUCACAAAUCUUCUAAAGACGAUCAAUGACAUCAUCGCACAGAAUGACGGCCAGCAUUACGACAUUCACUUUUUCUUAAGAAUGCCAAUAAAGAGUAGAAAAGAAAAGAUAAAACAAGAAAAAAAAAAGGAAGAGAAAAUCCAUACAGUGCGGGAGGUUAUUCACAUGCACAGUGUAAUAGAAGAAAGCACAAUAAAUGUGACUGAACAGAAAGAUUUUAGUUCUCAUGGGACAAAUAUGGAGAGAACUGGAUUUUAUGUGGAUAGAUGGUCUAGAGUUCCACCUGAAAUGAAGAAUAACGAAGAAGAGGUGGUCAAACAAUCAGAAAAAAAAAUCUUUAAACAGAAGGAAGAAACGAAUACAGUGAUAAAACCAAACAAAUGCUGGAAAGCAAGUGAAAUGAGAAAAUGGGAUCAGAAGGAGCAGCAGACGGAGACAGAACAUCAUCAAACCCAAGCAGUCUCAGUCUCAGAGUCCAUACAGAGCAGACACACAAGGAUCGUGAUGCUGGGGAAAACUGGAGCUGGAAAGAGCGCAACAGGAAACACUUUCCUGGGAAAGAAAGCGUUUAAAGAAGAACUUUCUUCUGAAUCUGUGACUAUGAAAUGCCAACAACAUCGGCAGACAGUAGAAGGUCGAAUCAUCUCAGUGACCGACACUCCAGGACUGUUUGAUACGACAAUCAAUGAAGAACAACUGAAGAAGGAAUUAGAGAAGUGUAUAGAAAUGUCUGUUCCUGGUCCUCAUGCGUUUCUGCUGGUCAUCAGACUGGAUGUGAAAUUCACAGUCGAGGAGAAAAACACAGUGAAAUGGAUCGAGGAGAACUUUGGAGAACAAGCUACACGUUACACCAUCAUUCUGUUCACCAGAGGAGAUCAGUUAGAAAUAUCCAUCGAGGAGUUUCUCUCCAAAAACAAGCAGAUUAGAGAGCUAGUUAGACAGUGUAAAGGAGGUUAUCAUGUUUUUAACAACAAGGAUGAAGAAAAUCAAUCACAGGUCACCGAACUGAUAGAGAAGAUAGACAGAAUGGUGAUGGAGAACGGAGGAGAGCAUUACACAAAUGAUAUGUACCAGGAAGCUCAGAGGAGAAUAGAGGAAGAAGAGAUGAGGAGGAGAGAAGAAGAAGAGAGAAGCAGGUUGGAAGAGGAGGAAAGGAUAAGGAAAGAGGAAAGAUGCAGGCUGUUGAAUCAUGCUAAAGUCUUAAUGGGAACAGGUGUGAUAGUGGGCGCAGGAGCAGCGGUCGUAGUUGGUGGAGGGACUCUUAGUCCAGCGGUAAUCUCAGGAGCAGCACUUGCUGGAUCUGCAGCCGUGGCCUCAGCUGCUAAAGGAGCGACGCUCUCCGAGGCUUUAAUGGCAGGAGCUGUAGCCGCUGGAAAUGCAGCUCUGAGCUCUGUUACCCGCGGAGCGUCACUGCCUGCGGCUUUAAUGGGAGGGAGGAGCGAGGAACCGAGUUUCAGUUAAAGCAAUUGUUUUUCCUCGGACUAUCAUUUCGUAAUAAUUCUAACGCUACAAACGCAGCUAAUGAUGAGUAAUGAAGUUUGUCUCUGAUUAUUGUGCUGUGGGAUGUGUUUCCUGUACAUUUAUUUGUUUGCGGCGACCUGCCACAAUAUCAAAACUGACGAUUUUCCAAACGGCUUCGUUGAAUAAACAAACCGAGGCGUGCGUGUUUUUA